CGUUGGGAGCGACAAACGGAGCGUGUUUACAAGUUUGGCCGUGUAAAUGUUUUCGUGAGAACAACUCGCCAGGCGUCUGAGCAGUUUGAGUCUGCGGGACUCCCUCCCCUGAGGUCAUUUCCCAUGAAGAUCCGCUUUUCCCCGCUCAAAGUCCCGCUGGGGCGAAGACUGCAGACCGCAGCCGUGUUGCAAUGGAUCUUCUCCUUCCUGGGGUUAGGUAACAGGGAACUUGCCAAAAUGUGUUCUUGUGAGAUAUCUUCAACGAUGUAAUAAUCAAUACAUUGGAAGAAAAUCUCCCAAUGUUGUCUCGCCGCCUUCAUCCUCCUGUCUCUGUCCGCCUGGUGGAUGGUGGCAUUUCUGUACGCCGGCUGGCUGUGGCUGGACCGGGACACGCCCAACCGCGGAGGUCGCCGGUGCCAGUGGAUCCAGCGCUGGAGCGUGUGGGAACAUUUCCGCGACUACUUUCCCGUAAAGCUGGUGAAAACGGUCGACCUGGACCCUGACAAGAACUACAUAUUUGGAUUUCAUCCACACGGCGUGCUGGCCACCGGGGCGUUCUGUAACUUCUGCACUGAGUCCACGGGUUUCUCCAGUCUUUUUCCUGGACUGAAGUCUCACCUUCUCACGUUGCCCUUCUGGUUCCGAGUGCCGAUCUUCAGAGAUUAUAUCAUGUGUGGAGGUCUGGUGUCAAGCUCCAAGUCCAGCCUCUCCUACCUGCUGAGUCGUCCUCAAGGAGGAAACGUUGCCGUCAUUGCAGUGGGCGGCGCUCCAGAAGCGCUGGAGGCUCGCCCGGGAGCUUUGAUGUUACAGCUGUGGAAAAGGAAGGGCUUCAUCAAACUGGCGCUGAGACACGGAGCUCAACUGGUUCCCGUCUUUUCAUUUGGAGAAAACGAGCUGUUUGAUCAGAUUCGGAACCCAACCGGCUCUCCUCUCAGGACACUCCAGGACCGGCUGCAAAGCAUUAUGGGAAUAGCGCUGCCUUUGAUCAACGGCAGAGGAGUCUUCCAGUACAGCUUCGGGCUGUUGCCACACAGGAAGGCAAUACUCACAGUCGGUACGAUCCAUCGAGACAUGAGCCCCCGCCCGAGGUCCGCGUCCGUUCCUCCGCGCCACUCAGCGGUGUGUCUGUUUGCAGUCGGGAAGCCCAUCCCGGUUGCAACUAGUCCGAACCCGAGCAGUGAGGACAUCGACGCGCUUCAUGAAGUCUACCUGGAGCAUCUCAGCAAGCUGUUUGAGCGGCACAAACACCAAUACUGUCUGCAGGAGCACCAACAUCUGACCUUCAUCUGACCUUCUUGUACUUCUUCCUCUCUGUCCAAUAAAAAUGACACGCACAAAUGCAUGAUUUACAUUAGGAAUUGCCAUUAUUGCUUCAUAGCAGAAUUGGGCAAAACAUUCUUUCAUCUCCCCCACCAAGCAUUUACAUGACAUGAAAUACAAUACUGUGUAUCUGUUUUUUUCUUAAAAUCUUAUUUUUCAGUCA